UCAGGUGAUUCCUUUGACAGACCCACGUCUUGUUUAUUUACACCGUCGCGUGCCAAGCUAAGAGAAGGUAGUGUGCUGACUUUAAGACAAUUCUUUCUUAUCUACGUUAUCAUUACCGGAUGUUUUGUCUCAAAACCGUGCCAGCCCACACGUGGGUAAAUGCAGAAAUUCUCUUGAAGCGGUUAUUAUCCAACCGAAGACUGCAGUCCACCGUUACCUCCAGCUCGACGCCCCCUCCGGAGAAGACGGACCAUGGCAGAAACCGGAGCGGAGCUCAGCGUGCCUCUGCCCGGCUGCAGUCUCUUGGGAAGAGAGGGAGAGACCGCACCAACUCUUCCUCCGCUGCUAACGAGAUCUCCGUAGACUUUGAGCAAAGCCAGGAAGCUUACAGGAGCAAAGACUCAUUAGAGCUACUCAGAAGUUUGGUGGUUUUCAAACUUUGUUCCUAUGACUUCCUGGUUGAUAAGAAUGAAGAGAUAAUGGACCUUGGUAAGAAAAUUUUAGGCCAGAAGGUUUUUGAUCAGCUCAUGAAGAUGACCUUCUAUGGCCAGUUUGUUGCUGGGGAGGAUCACAUAUCCAUUAAACCUCUGAUCCAGAAGAACCAGGCUUUUGGCGUUGGCUCUGUCCUGGACUACAGUGUCGAGGAGGACAUCAGCCAGAAGGAGGAGCACCAGAAAGAGAGCUCAAGCGUUUCCGCUGGAGGGAAAGAGAGCAUAGGCGAGGGCUACAGAGAGAAAAACUAUGAAGCAGGCAAGCAAUUAGGUGACAGUCAGAGGGAAGUGACUGGAACCUGCACAUAUUUCUAUGCUGAUGAGGCCAAAUGUGACCAGCAUAUGGAGACCUUUAUGAAGUGUAUCAAAGCAUCUGGUGGGAGUUCUAUGGAUGGCUUUUCUGCAAUCAAAAUGACUGCACUUGGACGACCCCAGCUUCUGCUCCGGUUCUCAGAGGUCCUCGUGAAAUGGCAGCGAUUUUUCACAUUCCUGGCAUCACAGCAGGAUGGCAUGGAGGCCUUGGAGCAGAGACUGGAGCUGACACAACUGCAGGAAUUGAUGAUCAAACUGGGUGCAGAAGGUGACUUCCAUGGUUGGUUUACGAGAAAGAAAGGGGAAUCAGCAGGACGCAUUGACAUCCUUGAUUGGAACAGUCUAAUAGAUGACAGAGUGAACACAUCAGACCUGCUUUUAGCUCCAAAUGUAAAGCUGGAUAAACUGGAGCCUCUGCUGAAAAACUUCACCAUAGAGGAUGAGAAUCAGAUAAAGAGGACAUUGGAGCGCCUUGAUGCAUUGGCAAAGUGUGCCUUAGAAAACGGUGUUUGCUUAAUGGUGGAUGCAGAGCAAACCUAUUUCCAGCCAGCCAUCAGUAAACUUGCACUGGAUUCACAGAGGAUCUACAACAGGGAGAAGCCUGUCGUUUUCAACACCUACCAGUGCUACCUAAAGGAAGCCUAUAAAAAUGUAACUAUGGACGUAGAACUGUCCAGAAGGGAGGGUUGGUGUUUUGCUGCUAAGCUGGUACGUGGAGCAUACAUGUAUCAGGAGCGAGAGAGAGCGAAGGAGGUCCGAUAUGAAGACCCUAUAAACCCCAACUAUGAGUCUACUAGCACAAUGUACCACAGGUGUUUGCACUAUGUGCUGGAUGAGAUUGCUCUUAACAGAAAGGCCAAUGUCAUGGUCGCUUCUCAUAAUGAGGACACAAUAAAAUACACCCUAAAAAGCAUGAAUGAGCUCGGUCUCUUACCAGCAGAGAACAAGGUGUUCUUCGGUCAACUACUGGGCAUGUGUGAUCAGAUCAGCUUCCCACUGGGCCAGGCAGGUUUUCCUGUCUACAAGUACGUCCCCUACGGGCCGGUGAGUGAGGUGAUGCCCUACUUGUCCCGACGGGCACAGGAGAACCGCGGCUUCAUGAAGGGUGCCCAAAAAGAGAGAGAGCUGCUGUGGAAGGAGUUGAAACGUCGACUUGUCUCUGGGGAGCUUCUCUACAGACCAGUGUACUGAAAACACAGAAGCAGAAACCGAGAGGAGAGUUUGUCAGCUCCUUGAGGGAUUUUUUUUUAGCAGCAGCAGCAGUUGUCAUCAAACUUUCUCUCUAGCUUGAUGGCUACUGCUGCAGCCGACUGCUCCAACUCUCUCCCUGUGCAUGUCCUGUUUUAUCAUGUUCUGUAGUUUUUCCUUUUUUUUUGCAGAUAAACUGCAUGGAGCUUUAUUAUUUUCACCCACCUUCAACCCAUCCAAGUCCUGCUACAGAUCCCUAUUUCUUUUUUUAUCCGCCACCACAACUAACAGCUUUCCUCAUUUUUGUCGUUGUGCUAUCUGUAGAGCUCUGGUAUCCAUCAAGUGGGCAUCUUUACUGCUCCAAAAGGACUCCCUAAAAUGUCAACAACACUAGGGUGGGCAUCCUUCGUUAUUACUCCAUUUAUCUUGUAGAAGAUAGAUAAUAAUAAAAAUAACAGACUGGAUUUAAAUUGCAGCAAAGGACACAUUCUAUUUUUGAAGUCCUUUUUAUUUUUCAUCCACUCUGUUCCAGCCAUGCUCUGUUACUGAAAGCAUCCCUGUCUGUAUCUAUGUGUCUGAAGGUGUGUCGCUAAAACAAGGCUUCUUCCUGAAUCAUUGAGAAACCUUAAACCAUAUUAUAUCCCUCAUCUCUUUAUAAUUUGUUGGAUUCUAUCGGCCAGGUGUUGCAAGUGAAAAUUUUAUAUUGGUUAACCUUUUGUACUAGGUAUAUGAGUUUUUUAUUUUUUUUAUUUUCACACGGAGUUGCAUUUUCCUUCUCAUUGGGUUUUAAUAAAUUACACUGAUGUAAAUAUGUUGAAAGGAUUUUUUUUAUGACAACUUUGUAGCAAUCCAAAAGAGUUUAGUAAACAAAUAGAGCGUCUUACAAAUAAUCACAACCCUGGAACUCUUACAUUGUGUCACCAAAUUCCAAUGGAUUUGAUUCAAACCAGUUAUUACCACAUUAUUGUGAAUUAGAAGGGAAAAGCAUAUGUAGUUUUCAAUAUUUGUGUGUGCAUUUAUAUUAAGUUCCUUAGAAUCAAUACUUUGAACACACAGAUGCAUUAAUCAUCUUUCACUGCAGUUCUUUUGGGGUUCAUCUCUACCAGCUUUGUCGAUCGAAAGACUCCAAAUUUGACAAAUGCCUCAGACUGCAUGUCUGACAUACAGUCAAAUUGCAUAGUAUAUAGACGGUAUGUGAACAACAAUUUUCAAGUGUACUCAAGAGGAUGUAGGUCAUGAAUAUGCUUUGAUGUUGCUGUACGUCCUGGGCCGUCAUACUUAUGAACCUCUCCCUUAGUCUUGGUUCUUUUGCAGCCUGGAACAUGUUUACUUCCAGAACUUGCUUGCAUUCAUUCCCUUCAUGUGACCUGCUCUCCCAUCUCUGCUGAAGGAAACCAUUCCCACAGCAUAAUAAUUCUAGCUUUCCAAUUACACUGAGCAUGUUGCUUGUAGGGCAAAAAGUUCAGAUUUGGUCUGAACUGAUCAAAGCAACGUCUCCCACAUAUUCAGCGUACAGCUGUACUUUCAACCGAUUCCCCCACCUGUACUGUGGCUCAAUGAAACUUCUCCAAAGUUGCUCAGGUGGACAGUCAUGACUAGUGGGCUGUAUAUCUAAGACUUUUUAAGACAUUAAGUGUAUCUUAAUAAAUGCAAGCGUUUGUGUAACCUUGCAGAAAUCUUUUGAAGGAAA